CGGGCGGGGCUCCGCCCCGUCCUCACGAGCCCCGAGCUCCCGCGGCAGCCGCUCGCCCCGGAGCCGCGGCCUCACCGCCCGCAGCCGCCGCCCGCUCCCCGCGCUGAGGGGAAAGGGGGCGGCCGCGCUCCGGCCCCGCGAUGCCGUCCAACAAAUCCGUGUCGGACUCGCCCAUCGUCCAGUUCACCAACUGCCGCAUCCUGCGGAGCCACCGGCUCCAGAGGGACGACCUGUGGGUGCGAGACGGGAAGAUCCUCGACCCGGAGAAGCUCUUCUUCGACGAGAAGGCCUCUGCCGACAUCCAGCUGGACUGCAAGGGCUGCAUCAUUGCCCCGGGCUUCAUCGACGUGCAGAUCAAUGGAGGCUUUGGGGUGGACUUCUCCCUGGCUACAGAUGAUUUCAAAGCAGGGAUUGACCUGGUCAGUCAGAAGAUCCUCUCCCAUGGAGUGACCUCUUUCUGUCCUACCCUGGUGACCUCUCCUCCAUCUGUGUACCACCAGGUGCUCCCUCAGAUCGGGGUGAGGAACGGUGGAGCCCAGGGAGCAGGCAUCCUGGGGGCCCAUCUGGAAGGACCCUUCAUCAGCAAGGAGAAGAAAGGGGCGCACCCGGAGCACUGCCUCCGCACCUUCGAGACAGGGGCCUUCCAGGACCUGCUCUCCACAUAUGGGUCCCUGGAGCACGUCAGGAUAGUCACCCUGGCCCCAGAGAUGAAGAGGAGCAGCGAGGUGAUCCGGGAGCUCACCCAGAGGGGCAUCUGUGUCUCUCUUGGUCACUCCGUGGCUAACCUGUCCCAGGCUGAGGAGGCUGUGCAGCACGGUGCCACCUUCAUCACCCACCUCUUCAACGCCAUGCUGCCGUUCCACCACCGUGACCCCGGCAUCGUGGGGCUGCUCACCAGUGACAAGGUUCCUGCCGGGCGGAGAGUGUUCUACGGCAUGAUCUCCGACGGCAUCCACACCAACCCCGCUGCCCUGCGCAUCGCGCACCGCGCACACCCCCGCGGGCUGGUGCUGGUGACAGACGCCAUUGCUGGGAUGGGACUGGCCCCUGGCCGCCACACACUGGGGCAGCAGGUGGUGGAGAUCGAUGGGCUCAACACCUACAUUGCAGGCACCAAGACCCUGAGUGGGAGCGUGGCGACCAUGGACACGUGUGUGCGGCACUUCCAGGAGGCCACAGGGUGCUCUGUGGAGACUGCCCUGGAGGCAGCAUCUCUGCAUCCUGCCCAGCUCCUGGGGAUUGAGCACCAGAAGGGGACACUCGACUACGACUCUGAUGCAGAUUUCGUGCUGCUGAGCGCGGGGCUGCACGUCCAGGCCACCUACAUCGCGGGAGAGGCAGUGUGGCCGCAGGCUGCGCCCGGCAUGUGACCCGGGGCUGUCCUGGCGCCCCGCCGCCGCGCUCAGCAGCUUUGGUAACCGCCCCACUCCCUCCUCCUCGUUGCUAUUCCUUCGUGCAAGUCCCCUGCAGGAGCCUCAUACCAAAGAGCUGCGUGUUCCAGCGCCGUGACGGCGACACAGCCGUUGGUGCUCGGCCGCGGGGGAAGCCGCCGGAGCCGCGUCUGGGAGGGACUGGCGCUCCCUGGAGUCACCUCACAGACUUGCACAGCCGUGGAGCCGCUCCUGUCGCCCUCUCACAGCCUGUGGCCGGUUUCACAUCAGCUUCAGAGCUCCCCGUUGUGUCAGCAGCUGAGGAGCAGGUUCUGGCCCCCUGGCAGCCCCCUGGGGCUGUGAAUCCACGUGGGCUGAAUCCUCAGGGCAGAAACCAAAGCCAGGAGAAACAGAAGGAGGCAGUUGCUGGUCCUUUGUGCCUUUCCCCUGCCUGGGCACUGAGCCCACAGCACCUGGUUUUGGCUGGAGACACGGACUGCACCCUGCAACCGCGACGUCCUCACGCCCCUGCUCAGCCUCACACGGGCCCUGUAGCCACAGAGCCUUUGCUGAUGGGUUUGUGCUUUCCUCAGGACACAGGUGGGAAGCCUUUGCUUGAGGGAGUGCAUCCAGGCUGGUGGUGAUGGGCUUUGCAGCUCAGGGACUGAGGCACAACUGCAGUGGCAUUGUGGCCUCUCACUUGCUGAUGGUUCAUUAUUCCUGUGCUCAUCAUCUCCUCCAAUACUUGACUGUCAGCGUUCACUUGGACACUUCCCUCUGAAGGCUGGUGCUUGUUUUGGACCUGCCACGGUCAGAAAAGCCUUUUGAUACCCCUUUGACAACCACUGACAAGCCUCAGAGCGAUUGGAAGGGGUUUGUAGUGAGGAAAGGGCUUGGACAGAGGCUGAGGCUCAGCAGGGCUGUAGGUGGGAAGGCAGGACAGAGGUGUGAGCAGGACUGACACAAGUGUGCCAGUUAUUCCAGUACCUUUUUAUACCCUUUUAACAGCAGCAUUUGGAAAUGCUUUCCCAGCACUUCAAAGCUCUGCUGGAGUAACUGGCAGCCCGGGAGAGUUUGUAACAUCAGCUGCCAGCAGAAGCCACACCAACCUCCAACAGGCAGCAGCCAGUGUGCUGUGGGAGGUGACAAGCCCCAGCAGGGAGCCUUUUCACUGCAGGGGGGGAAAAGCAGUGUCUGACUUUUUAUUGAUGUUAUUAUUGAAACAAUGAAACUGAAACCUAACCUGGAACAGCAACUGAGCUGGGACCUGGUGUAUUGUGCAUCACCCACACAGUGUGUGCUCAGGGAGAGGCAGCUGCUGGCUCCUGGAGAAGCAAGGCUCG